AUGGGUUCUCUCUUUCGUUGUGGUUAUCUUCUGCUUACAGUAAUACUGAGCGGUUGGGCUAGACUCUGUAAUGACGUGUUUGUUGUCAUUUUUUCGUACGAGCUCCUUAAAUUGGAGAAUGUUUUCAUGAGAUUUGAUCCAAGGUGGUUGGACACAUUAGUGAAAGCAAGUUUGGACACAGUACUGAAAGCAUGGAAAAUUCAGCAGUUAGAAUCAAUCGAAUUUCUAGAUCCAUGUGAAAUAUAUGCACCAUUGCUCAUAACUUACCAACUUAUGAACUUAAGACUCUUUAUUGUAAAAGGAUAUAGGUUUCCCAUUGAUCGUGCAUUCACUGUUUCGCAGACUUAUAAACCGGGUUGCAUAACUAUUAGUCCUUCUGGGGAAUAUAUUGGAAUAUGCGAAACACGCAGGCUUCAAAUAUGGGAAAUUCUGACAGAAGAUUCUGAUAAUGCUAUUUAUGAGAAAAUCAGAUUGCAUCAUUCAAAAAUGUUUACCGCUCUUGCUUUUCAUCCUACUGAAAGGGUGGUAGCAGCAGGUGAGGUAACAGGAAGGAUCUUGUUGUGGAGAGGUGUUGGUCACGGAACAUUCUCUACAGGUAAAUUUAUUAGUGGAGGACUUAAUAAGAAUGCAGAAGAAAGGCCUGGAGUUUGGGGCAAUGGUGAUGCUGAUUCUUGCACGACAUGGCAUUGGCAUUCUGCAGAAGUGAAUGUUCUCUUUUUCUUGUCUGGUGAGGCGUAUUUAUUUUCAGGUGGGAGAGAAGGUGUUUUUGUGGCAUGGCAAUUAGACUCUGGGAAGAAAAAAUUUCUUCCAGGAGUUGGAUCUCCGCUUCUAUAUAUCACAAAUUCUUCAGAUCCUUCACCAUCCUCUAUAUCCUGUGCAAAUAAUCGGAUUCACCUACUCAGAAUGCCUUAGAAGAUCUUGAGGUCCAUUUCAGGGAUUAAGCUUCUGAGUUCAGUUUCUGAUAUAUAUGAAGGAUCGGGUAGUGGUGUUGUCUCUGAUCACACUGCUGGGUUGGUUGCAAUACCAGCAGACAAUUACAGUGUACAGUUCUACAGCUUGUUUAAUGACCUUGAAAUUUCCGAGGUCCAAAUUUGGGAAAGGAACCAUCAGCCCGGUGAUGAAGCUACAGACUUUCAUUACAUGGCUUUGCAGGUAAAAGUGAAUUUGGUAGCCCUCUCCCGAGAUGGUUCUACCAUGGGCACAGUUGAGGCCAGACUUCCUGAAGAAAGGAUAGGCAGCCUUGUAAGUUUUAAGUUCUGGGCCUGUGGCUCUCAAAACAAAGACUUUAGCUUAUCUACUGUCAUAUACGGACCGCACAGGGGGGCUGGUGUCUCUUCUAUUGCAUUCCAUCCUACUUCUCAUAUGGCUAUCACUUCCUCGUAUGGUGGCGACUUCCAGAUUUGGGUUCGUAUGCAUGACACCCACCUGAAGGACCAGAUUCAGAGUAGUGGCUGGAAGUGCCAUGCUGUUGGUUCAUACAAGAAAAAGCCUAUGAUAGCUGCUGCAUUUUCUGCCAAUGCGUCUGUUUUGGCUGUUGCUGCAGAAAAAGUUGUCACAUUGUGGGAUCCAGAUCAAAAUAUUCUGGUGGCAGUAAUUGGAGAUACUCUUGAGAUGGAAAUGCUUUCUUCAUCUGUAAAUCUUUUUGGUCAAUAUUAUGAUAUAUGUGCAGAUAUAACAUGUUCCCUGAAUGGUUCCACCUUUUCUGUUCUUGCCCUUCUUCCCAAGACGUAUGAAUGUGUGGAGUCUACUGAAGCCACAUUACAGGGCGUAGAUCGGGCAAUCUUACUGUUCAAUGCAGAAAAUCCUGUUCCCUUGGCUACCUGGUUUGUGAGCAAGAAAAACUUGGUUACGCACCCAUCUAUGGUAAACUAGCAGAAUUCAGUGCGGAAAAAGAUCAAACUUGAAUCCCAUACAUACCAUAUGAGAAAAAUUGGGAAACAAUAUUCAGUGGAUCGUUUCAUAAACUUUCUCCUCUGACCAAGUUAUGUUUGGACUAUUUGGAAUCAUCACUGGAUCCGAUCCAUAUCGGAUCCAAUCUGUUAAGAAUAAUUAUUCGAUCUGAUUCGAUAAUCCAACGGAUAUUUGAAUGUUAAAUUUAUAUAUGAUUAGCUAUG